AUGGCGACGAACGGCACCAAAACGGAUGGACAAGUCACAGAACUGAACGAGGUGGCCACUAAUAAUGACAAACCCAAGUCACUGGACGUGAAACCCGAAAAGCAGAAAAAGGAGUUGCCUGAUAGAGAAACAUGGGCGGGAAAAUUUGAUUUCCUCCUGUCGUGUGUGGGUUAUGCAAUUGGACUGGGAAACGUAUGGAGAUUUCCCUAUCUGUGUGGAAAAAACGGCGGAGGAGCCUUCUUGAUUCCCUAUUUUUUGACCCUCAUAUUUGCUGGGGUCCCCUUGUUCCUACUGGAAUGCGCCCUUGGUCAAUACACCUCAAUUGGAGGGCUUGGUGUGUGGAAACUGGCUCCUAUGUUUAAAGGUGUGGGCCUUGCAGCAGCUGUCCUGUCCUUCUGGCUUAACAUUUACUACAUUGUAAUCAUUUCUUGGGCCAUUUACUACCUGUACAACUCCUUCACCACUGAUCUUCCAUGGAGCUCAUGUAACAAUCCAUGGAACACAGAUAAAUGUUAUACAAACUACUCCAUUACAGACACCACCAAUCUCACCAGUGCAGUGGAGGAGUUUUGGAAGCGCAACGUGCAUGAAAUGACUGAUGGCUUGGACGAACCAGGCCAGCUUCGAGUGCCACUGGCGAUAACGCUGGCCAUUGCCUGGGUCCUUGUGUACUUCUGUAUCUGGAAAGGGGUUAGCUGGACGGGGAAGGUCGUUUACUUCUCAGCUACGUACCCCUACUUCAUGCUGUUCAUUCUCUUCAUCCGUGGGGUGACUCUACCUGGAGCUAAAGAGGGAAUUCUGUUCUAUAUCACCCCUGACUUUGAAAAGCUCAAAGAAUCCGAGGUAUGGCUGGAUGCAGCUACCCAGAUCUUUUUUUCCUAUGGAUUGGGAUUGGGGUCACUUAUAGCUCUAGGCAGCUAUAACCCUUUUAACAAUAAUGUUUACAGAGACUCUGUCAUCGUGUGUUGCAUCAACUCAUGUACCAGCAUGUUUGCUGGCUUUGUAAUCUUCUCCAUUGUUGGCUUCAUGGCACAUGUGACAAAGAAAGACAUUGCCGACGUAGCAGCUACAGGUCCUGGCUUAGCUUUUCUGGCCUACCCAGAGGCUGUAACCAAGUUGCCUGUAUCUCCUCUCUGGGCCAUUCUGUUCUUCUCCAUGCUGCUCAUGCUGGGGAUAGACAGCCAGUUCUGCACUGUUGAAGGCUUCAUCACCGCUCUGGUGGAUGAGUUUCCCAGAGCUCUUAGGGGUAGACGAGAGAUCUUCAUCGCUGCUGUCUGUCUGGUGUCCUAUGUGAUCGGACUUUCAAACAUCACACAGGGUGGAAUCUAUGUGUUUAAACUGUUUGACUACUACUCUGCCAGUGGAAUGUGUCUGCUGUUCUUGGUCUUCUUUGAAUGCAUCUCCAUAUCCUGGUGCUACGGUGUGAACAAGUUCUACGACAACAUCCAGGAGAUGAUUGGCUACAAGCCGUGUAUAUGGUGGAAGAUGUGCUGGGUCGUGUUCACCCCUCUCAUUGUCGCUGGGGUGUUCUUGUUCAGCGCCGUACAAAUGGUUCCUCUCAAAAUGGGAGACUAUGUGUACCCAAACUGGGGUCAGGGAGUGGGCUGGCUCAUGGCGCUGUCCUCCAUGAUUCUCAUACCAGGAUACAUGAUCUACAUGUAUCUCGGGCUCAAGGGUACUUACAAAGAGCGACUUCGGAUAAUGCUUCACCCUCCUGCGAUCACCAGGCGUCAGGAGAAUGGACCCGAGCAGCAAGCAGAAACCAACACCGCUAACCUAUCCAGCCCUGCCAAUCCAGCCAACCCAGCUAGUCCGGCCAACCCGGCCCCCGCCAACCCCGCCAGCCCCACCAAUCCGGCUCCCGUCAACUCCACCAGCCCCGUGACUCCUGCCAAUCCAGCCCCUCCGCCGGCCAAUCCAGCCACUGCCACCAGCCCGGUAAACCCAGCAACGAGUCCCGCCGCCACCGUCACCAUCACCACCACCGCCACCACCACGGCCAGUCCGGCUAACCCCGCCACCACGACUGUCAGCCCGACCAGCCCACCGCCCAACCCGACCAGCCCAUCAGAGCCCGUCAACCCCCCGAACCCAACAAGCCCGACCUCUAACCUGACCAAUGCUGAGGCCAACGUGUAG